AUGGCAAUGUCUGACCCUGGCGGCGGCUUAGUUGGGAUGGCGAAUGGCUUGACAGGGGUAGAACGACUUGCAUUGCAAGAGCAUCUAGACUAUUGGAACGCCUUUUGGACUGGAUUGGAUGCAGAAGCAGCAUGGACUGAACAAAAUGCAAGGGGCAAGCGGUCCCCCCGCUAUGAAAAAUAUGAAGUCCCGAAGAGACUGUCUUGGACAGCUGACACGGAGGGGCGCGACCCAAGACGACCGCGUAUGCGCUAUUUCAAUCCAAAUGCAACCAGACAGCUGGUACGCUACCACCUUAUUCCCGGCCAAAUGGAUCCAGAGCGUCUGCUACGUGCCACUGGCGAUAUCAUCAGCGGCAGGAAUCCGGUCAUGAGGAGUUUGGAUCCCCUCGUUUUCCGGUUCAGAAAGGUGCUUGGCCAAGGUGGAGGCGGCCUGGUGAUUCUUGUUGAAUUGGAGGACCAAAAUGGCCAAAUGGAUCAAUGGGUGGUAAAAGUUCCCCGCCGCAAUGGAAAUAUGGGACGUGAAGCCUCUAAUAUGAGGUUGAUGCUCGGGGCAAGACAUAUUGUACAACGGAAGUUUACACGCAGCCCAGGGCAAAAUGCAUCCAUGGCGGGCAUAAGUCUCAAUUCAGACUCGGAAGAUUGUAUGUAUGCAAUGGAACUUCUCAAGCACGGGUCGAUCGACGGCCUACUUGACAAAAUCUCCGCUCAGGACUUGAAACUGAGAGACGAUGAGCUGUGGAUGAUUUUCCAUUGCUUAUUCAGGGCCUGUGUGGCAUUGUCUUACCCCGGCAGGUGGUCCGAAGGUCUCAACCCUGAAACAGAUCUUGUUGAUUUACAAGACGAGACUAUCCCACAGGAUGUGCCCGUCGAGACAGCGUCCUCUAUGAUACACUUUGAUAUUGACCCCGAUAAUAGUAUAGGAUACCGCCUUGAUGAGUUGGAGCAGAGGAGAGACGAUACAGUCGCUAUGCUACGGUCAAGAAGAAUGGGCAAGGUCGAGAACCAUGUCCCCGAACAAUUUGCGCAGGAGUGGGAUUAUCUCGACGGACCACCAAGCCGAACAAAUGACCCAGUAGCGGGGAACUACAGCUGGAAGUCGAACCUAUACAGCGUCAUGUGGCAGCUCCUAACACGUUGCUGUACUGGCCUUCCGCCUAACCCAUUGGACAUUGAUUUCGAUCCAGACGGUCACACAACAGUCGUAGGCCUAACAUAUGGAGGUGGACUCAUCUUUGACCGCAUUGCGGAAGAAUAUGACGAGCCAUUGAGGUGCCUAAUAACAUGGUGCAUGAUGCACGAUCCUGCAAAUAGGCCUUCAAUGAGGCAAUUGGAGACAGUGAUCAUGGAGAAUCUUCGCAUCUAUGGUCGCGAUGGGGACAAUAACACAGAAGGGAGGACCUCGAUCCGAGACAUCCUCGCGGAGCCCCCAGCACCACCCACGCCAUCCAUACUAUCACAAUUUCCGGUGGGAGCCGGGCGAUUCCCCCAGCCUUUACGUUUCGACACAGGAGAUAGGGAGAUAUUUGACGCCGGUCUCGUUCGAAUAGCGGCGGGCCAGAUACCUGGGCCAGGGGAGGGGGAGGGACCCGCGAAGACAAAGCUCGAUGACUGCACUCCGGUCGGCAAUGGCAGGCAUGGCAAUGGCCAUGGGUGGGCCAAUGGGGGCACGGAUCUUUAG